UAAAAUAAAUAUUUAUUCUACUUCUGUGAAAGAAAGUUGUCUUCUCCUUACUUUAAUUCAAAAGCUGAAAAUUUUCUACUACUAUUUCAUACUUGCUUUUGUCUUUUACCCUUCUCCUCUCUUCCUCUUUUUCCAAAAAACUCACUUCAUCACCUCUUCUCUCUUUUCAAAUCUAGGGUUUUCAUUUUAUUUUUUUUCACUUUUCCUGUUUCAUACAGUUUUUUGCUUACUUUUUCACUUAAAAUUACUAUCUUGGUGGUGUUUUUGUACUAUAAAUCCUAGGCAUUUUUCAAAGUAGAGGUUAAAUGUGUGAUCUUUAGAAGUUCUGUUGGUUCAAAAUUCAAUCUUUAUGUAUUUUCAAGAUUUCAUUUUUUUCUCCUAGUUUUUAGCUUGUUAAUGAACUUACUGAAAAACCCAUCUUAAACCCUUCUGAGGAUUUUAAGAAAAGUUGAAUCCUUUUCAUGGUUUGAUUAGAUUUCUGUUGUUGGGUUUUGUGUUCCAUUUUGAAUUGGUUGAUUGAACUUGAAAAAAGUUAUCACCUUUAGUACAAUAGUAGAAUCAAGACUCAGUUUUUCUUCUACUUUUGUUGUUGGGUUUUAUGUUAUUGUUUGUACUUUAUGUUCCAUUUUGAAUUGGUUGAUUGAACUACAUAAAAAGAUACCAUCUUUUUAGUAAAUAGAAGGAUCAAGACUCAGUUUUUUUCUCUACUGGAGUUUAAAAUUUCAGUGAGUAAAUGCAUGGAUAUAAGGGAAGGGAUGGCACUAUCUGGUUCUGCAGCUUACUAUCUUAACAGAGGGAUUAGUGGUUCUGGUUCUAAUGUAGGUAGUGGGUCUGGGACACCUUCAGGGGUAUCUACUCCAUCUGGUUACAAGUCUCUUACAAAUGCUAACAUUGCAGUUCAAUCCAAUAUGGGGAGUAGUAGUGGUAAUGUGAACUCAGGAUACCAAGUUGAGAACUCAUCAUCCAAUUUUGGUCAUGGGGUUAACAUUAGUAUGGCUUCUAGUGUUUCACCUGGUAGUGAUCCAGUGAAAAAGAAGAGAGGUAGGCCUAGGAAAUAUGGUCCUGAUGGGACCAACAUGUCUUUAGCAUUGUCCCCUUUGUCUAGUAACCCUCCAAGUGGGUCCAUUACCCCCGGGCCAAAGCGUAUCAGGGGCCGGCCUCCUGGAAGUGGGUGGAAGCAACAAUUAGCUUCUGUUGGUGAAUGGAUGAGUAGUUCCGCUGGACUGGCCUUCACUCCUCAUGUUAUACACAUUGGUGUAGGAGAGGAUGUUGCGGAAAAAUUGUUGGCAUUUGCACAGCAGAGGCCUAGGGCUUUAUGUAUCUUAUCAGCUAAUGGUGCAGUUUCAGCUAUAACAUUACGCCCCCCUGCCAAUUCUGGUGCCACUGUUGCUUAUGAGGGCCGUUUCGAGAUACUAUGUCUGUCUGGUUCUUACUUGGUUGCUGAAACUGGUGGCCCACGCACUCGCACUGGUGGUAUAAGUAUUUCAGUUUGUAGUCCUGAUGGCCAUGUAAUUGGAGGUGCUAUAGGGGGUAGACUUAUAGCAGCCAGCCCUGUUCAGGUAGUCGUAUGCAGCUUUGUCUAUGAUCCAAAGGGAAAGAGCAAACCAGAAAGUAGCACUAGAGACGAGCAGGAGUCUGCUGAAAAGUCAUCUACACCAGGGUCUGGUCGGAGUGUCUGGCCUCCAAGUUCCCGAGCAGAUGUGAGAAAUUCCCAGACCGAGAUUGAUCUUACGCGUGGAUGACACAAUUCGCAGGAAUGCAUAUAUGAGGAGUUUGUAUAUAUGUGCUAUUGUAAAUGAAACGCGUCAGGUGAUCAAGCUCAACGACUUAACUGUCUGCCAAUUAGUAGAUGAUGGAUUAUGCUAACUUUGGUAACAAAAUUCUCCUUGUAGGUACUGUUUAGUGGUAAGGAAGAGAAUGAUAUGGUUGUUACAAGUAAAAUUAUUGCUUCCUUAGAAGUGCUUUUGGUCUCUUCUGUUGUAACUUGGAAUAUUUUUUUUAUUUUUGGGACAAAUCAACAGGCCAAACAUGAGUUCCCCUUUUGCCU